UAAAAUGUAUCUCCCUGUCGGUGGGCCGAAUGUUCGCAGUCGACGCGCAGCACUCAACACGAACAAACGUAUCUGUCCGAUACGUCGUGACGAGUAUUAUAUAUUCGUUCUAUUUUGUAAAGCUACAAAAUGCAUAGAGCACAUACAGCCUUCAGUUUGGCGUUGUCGCCAAUGGCGCACAGGAACUUUGCCACAUGGCUGCUGAAGAGCGGCACCAGCCAAAAGCUGGCCAAGGCAACAGCUGCCGCUGCGGUGCGUACCUACAACUCGGCUGCUGCCGAACCCUUUGCCAAUGGCAGCACGGCCACCUAUGUGGAGGAGAUGUACAACGCCUGGCUGCGUGACCCCGCCUCUGUGCAUACAUCCUGGGAUGCCUACUUCCGCAGCAACACGUACACCAGUCCACCCAAUCUAGCGCCCGUGCAGGCCAACACCUUGCCUCUGACGGCCUUCAAUCUGGGUGGCGGUGCCGUGGCCGGAGCUGCGCCCGACUCCAAGACCAUCGAUGAUCAUUUGGCUGUGCAGGCCAUCAUCAGGAGCUAUCAGUCACGUGGUCAUUUGGCAUCUGAAGUGGAUCCGCUUGGAAUCUUAACGCGCGAAAAAACCGUGUGCAAGGAUGGUCUAGCACGUCGUGCUAACGAAGAUGUGCUACGGCAGCACUCUGGGUUUUUGUUUGGCGAACAGGACAUGGAGCGGCAGUUCAAGCUGCCCAGCACCACCUUCAUUGGUGGCGAUGAGGCCUCGCUGCCACUCAAGGAAAUCCUCAACCGCCUGGAGAAUGUGUACUGCAACAAGAUCGGUGUGGAGUUCAUGUUCAUCAACUCUUUGGAGCAGUGCAACUGGAUCCGCAAGCACUUUGAGACGCCCGGCGUGCUCAACUUCUCGCCGGAGGAGAAGCGUUUGAUCUUGGCCCGUUUGACACGCGCCACUGGCUUUGAGGCCUUCCUGGCCAAGAAGUACUCGUCGGAGAAGCGUUUCGGCCUGGAGGGUUGCGAGAUCAUGAUCCCAGCGCUCAAGGAGAUCAUCGAUGUGUCCACAGAGCUCGGCGUGGAGUCUGUUAUCAUGGGCAUGCCCCAUCGUGGACGCCUCAACACCUUGGCCAACGUGUGCCGCAAGCCACUGAACCAGAUCUUCACCCAGUUUGCUGGCCUGGAGGCUGCCGAUGAUGGCUCUGGCGAUGUCAAGUACCAUUUGGGCACGUACAUUGAGCGUCUGAACCGCGUGACAAACAAGAACAUUCGCCUGGCUGUGGUGGCCAAUCCUUCCCAUUUGGAGGCUGUCGACCCUGUGGUGCAGGGCAAGACCCGCGCCGAGCAGUUCUACCGCGGCGACCAGGAGGGCAAGAAGGUCAUGUCCAUUCUGAUUCACGGCGACGCCGCCUUCUGCGGCCAGGGUGUGGUCUACGAGACGAUGCACUUGUCGGAUCUGCCCGACUACACCACCCACGGCACCAUCCAUGUGGUGGCCAACAACCAGAUCGGCUUCACCACCGAUCCCCGUUUCUCCCGCUCCUCCCCCUACUGCACGGACGUGGCACGCGUGGUGAACGCCCCCAUUUUCCACGUCAACGCCGACGAUCCAGAGGCCGUGAUGCACGUGUGCAAGGUCGCUGCCGAGUGGCGUGCCACCUUCCACAAGGAUUGUGUCAUCGAUCUGGUCGGCUAUCGUCGCAACGGACACAACGAGAUCGACGAGCCCAUGUUCACGCAGCCCCUCAUGUACCAGAAGAUCAGGAAGCACAAGAACUGCCUGGAUCUGUACGCCGACAAGCUGAUUGCCGAGGGCACCGUCACCGGAGAGGAGGUCAAGUCGGUGGCCGCCAAGUACGAGAACAUCUGCGAGGAGGCCUUUGCGCUGGCCAAGACCGAGACUCAUGUCAAGUACAAGGAUUGGUUGGACUCGCCCUGGUCUGGCUUCUUCGAGGGCAAGGACCCCCUGAAGGUGGCGCCCACUGGCGUCAAGGAGGAGACACUGAUUCACAUUGGCAACCGCUUCUCCAUGCCACCACCCAAUGCCGCUGAGUUCGUGAUCCACAAGGGUCUCAUGCGUGUGUUGGCUGCCCGCAAGAACAUGGUCGAUGAGAAGGUUACCGAUUGGGCGCUGGGUGAGGCCAUGGCCUUCGGCUCGCUGCUGAAGGAGGGCAUCCAUGUGCGUCUGUCCGGACAGGAUGUGGAGCGCGGCACCUUCUCGCAUCGCCACCACGUGCUGCACCAUCAGCUGGUGGACAAGGCCACCUACAACUCGCUGCAGCACAUGUACCCCGAUCAGGCGCCCUACUCCGUGUCCAACAGCUCGCUGUCGGAGUACGCAGUGCUGGGCUUCGAGCACGGCUACUCGAUGACCAAUCCCAAUGCGCUGGUGCUGUGGGAGGCCCAGUUCGGAGAUUUCAGCAACACGGCCCAGUCGAUCAUCGAUCAGUUCAUCUCCAGCGGACAGUCGAAGUGGGUGCGUCAGUCGGGCCUGGUGAUGCUGCUGCCCCACGGCAUGGAGGGCAUGGGACCCGAGCACUCGUCGUGCCGCGUGGAGCGCUUCCUGCAGAUGAGCUCCGACGAUCCCGACUACUUCCCCCCCGAGUCGGACGAGUUCGCUGUCCGCCAGCUGCACGACAUCAACUGGAUUGUGGCCAACUGCACGACGCCCGCGAACCUGUUCCACAUCUUGCGUCGCCAGAUCGCUCUGCCCUUCCGCAAGCCCCUGAUCCUGUGCACGCCCAAGUCGCUGCUGCGCCACCCCGAGGCCAAGAGCCCCUUCAGCGAGAUGAGCGAGGGCAGCGAAUUCCAGCGCAUCAUCCCCGACAAUGGACCGGCUGGCCAGAAUCCCGGCAGCGUGAAGAAGGUUGUCUUCUGCUCGGGUCGCGUCUACUACGAUCUGACCAAAAUGCGCGCCGAGAAGCAGCUGGAGAGUGACGUUGCCAUUCUGCGUGUGGAGCAGAUCUCGCCCUUCCCCUUCGAUCUGGUCAAGGAGCAGGCCAAUCUGUACAAGAACGCCGAGCUGGUCUGGGCCCAGGAGGAGCACAAGAACCAGGGCAGCUGGACCUAUGUCCAGCCCCGUUUCCUCACCGCACUCAACCACAGUCGCGAUGUCAGCCAAAGCGAUGAACCAAUGUCCUUCUCCAAAACAACAACCAAUACUACCACUACUACUACUGAUCAUACUAAUAAUGAAUCCGCAUCCGAAACCGAAUCGAAACCCUGGCUAAGCCGCAUGUUCGCCUCGAAUAAGAGUGACGGUUCGACGGACGGUGGUCCAGCCACUGGCGACUUCAAUGCCGCCAAGCAUUUUGACCUAAAGAAUGUACGACACGAUUUCAAUAGGCCCGCGGGCAAUGCGGCCGCCCCGGGUGCGCGCAUCUCGAAAACCGGACGCAAAAUUAGCUAUACCGGACGCGCUGCGAGCGCCUCGACCGCCACUGGAUCCAAGGCCCAGCACAUUCGUGAGCUGAAUGCGCUGCUCAACGAUGCGAUUUCAACCUAAGGAGAUAAUGGACGGAUGGAUGGAUCUAGGAGGAGGAGGAGAAAGAUGAUGUUUUGGGGAGAUGAAUACUAAUUACGAUUAUAUUUUGUAUGGAAAACGUAUGCAGACUCUUUGAUACGAUGAUUUUUUGCUGACGAAUUGUUAAGUGCAUUGUGUGAAAGUAAUGAAAUGUUUAAAUUAGUUUAGUGAAAUUACAAAAGAGCAAAA